CCCUUACAAAACCCAACCAAACCCACACUCGAUCACUCUCUCUCUCUCUUCUCACAACACAACUCAGGUCAGGGGCUAGCUCGAGUAGCCAUGAAGGGGUUACUAGUCUCCACUCUAGCUCUAGUUCUACUCCUCUCCAUAGCCGAAGUUCGAGGGUCAUCACCAGGGCCCAACUGCUGGAAGCGCCGGGAGCAAGGCUCCACCUUGGAGGUGUUCCACGUGUACAGCACGUGCUCACCAUUCCGGCCGGCUCAGGCCACCUCUUGGGAGGAGAGCGUGCUCCAAAUGCAGACCAAGGACCAAGCCAGGCUACUGUACCUCUCCAGCCUGGUGGCCAAGAAGUCUGUGGUGCCCAUCGCUUCAGGAAGGCAGAUUGUGCAGAGCCCAACCUACAUUGUCAGGGCCCAGAUCGGCACACCGCCGCAGACUCUGUUGCUCGCCAUGGACACUAGCAACGACGCUGCCUGGAUUCCAUGCGAAGGCUGCCUCGGCUGCUCUUCCACCGCCUUCUCCCCACUCAAGUCCACCUCUUACAAACCUCUUCCUUGCUCCGCUCCUCAGUGCAAACAGGUACCGAAUCCCACUUGCAGUGGCAGCGCGUGUAGUUUCAACAUGACCUACGGUAGCUCCAGCAUAGCAGCUGACCUCUCCCAAGAGACUCUCACACUCGCCACCGACGCCAUCCCAGCCUACACCUUCGGCUGCAUCCAGAAAGCCACAGGCAGUUCUGUACCACCGCAGGGUCUUUUGGGCCUGGGCCGAGGCCCACUUUCUCUUCUUUCCCAGACCCAAAAUUUAUACAAAUCCACAUUCUCCUACUGCUUGCCCAGUUUCAAGGCCCUGAACUUUUCAGGGUCACUCAGACUUGGGCCUGUCGGGCAGCCCAUAAGGAUUAAGUACACUCCAUUGCUUAAAAAUCCAAGGAGGUCAUCACUUUAUUAUGUGAACUUAGUGGGUAUCAAGGUGGGCAGGAAAACUGUUGAUAUUCCCCCUAGUUCUUUGGCUUUCAAUCCAACCACUGGUGCUGGCACUAUCAUUGAUUCAGGCACCGUGUUUACCCGAUUGGUGGUUCCGGUGUACACGGCGGUGCGAGAUGAGUUCCGCCGACGCAUGGGGAAGGCGGUGGUGUCCUCGCUCGGUGGUUUUGACACGUGCUACUCAGUCCCCAUCACCGUGCCUACCAUAACAUUUAUGUUCACCGGCAUGAAUGUGACCUUGCCACAAGACAACUUCCUGAUCCACAGCAGCUCCAGCAACCUCGCGUGCUUGGCGAUCGCGGCCGCACCAGACAAUGUCAACUCUGUGCUUAAUGUCAUUGCCAACCUUCAGCAGCAAAACCACAGGCUGCUCUUCGAUGUGCCCAACUCAAGGCUUGGAGUGGCCCGUGAGACAUGCUCUUAAUUUAUUACAUUACUAGUAUUAUUAAUACUAUGUUUUAUUAAUUAGCUUUGUGGUCUGGGUCUCCAAUUGUCGUUUUUGGUAUUGAUAUUGUCGUUUAAGGAUGUGCAUGUAUCGAAAUGCAUGUGUUACUUUGUUGGAGGUACCUCAAUUGUACUUGUUUAUUCCUAACUCUAAAUCUUAUAAGAUAAAAUCCAAAAAUAAGUAAGUACUAAGUUUGUACUUCUUAGCUUUUUGUCCUAAAACAUUAUGUUUAUUACGCCCUGCGUAAUUGCAAAUGUUAAUUGUUUUGUUUCAA